UCUAAAAUGGCUGAAUCGUAACGUUCCCGAAUCCCGAAUGACAUUUUUCUACUUUUUUGAUAAGAAUUUCUAAUAAAACACAAGAAAAACGCAAAACAAAACAAACCUCAGUGAAAUGCUAAAGUAAACACUCAUAAACUCAUUAAGUUCAACAAUCAUUCGGGAAAAUGCCUGUCUUGAGCCCCCACCGCAGUUCGGCCUCCGGGCUAAGUGGUUCCUACAGAUCCAACUUCAGUUCCUCCGCUUUAGACAGGCCUUACUUCAGCCCCUCCUCGUACAGCCCUAGGAUUACAAGUUACAGCGAAAGAUACACUACAAGGGCAUACACCGACUCGGACGGAAGGCGAAUCUUUUCAAGGUCGGGAUCUAUAACCGAGGAUGGGGUCACUACCAGAUUUAGAGAGGAAUCGAGAGAACCGAGCGUACGACGCGAUUCGAUAGGAAGAGAUUCGGGGAUAAGUUCGAUAAGGGAAAAUUCAAUUUCGGAUUAUCCGAGGAGGGAUAGCUCCCUGUCGCGGAACGACAGACUGUCCACGUUAAACGUAAUCGAUUCCGUCGCGGAAUUGAGGAACAAGUAUUCACCCGCUAACUAUGUGCCUGCUUGCCUAAGAAAAAAUGAAAAUAUUUCGAGGUCCAAAUCUAUUAACGAUAUAGGCUUGCCUCCCCUGGAGGCGAAAACUAAUAACAAAAAAAAGGUAAACGAUAGGGGCGAUGCUGUUUUUAGUACUACUAACAAUGUGUUAAACUCUAACAAUACUAAUAACGCCGACGACCUCUCGGACGAGGACGACAACGGCAACCGGGCGUCGGUCGCCGAGCUGUGUAGGAAGUUCGACGAGAAACCCCCGAAAACCGUAAAAAACGGCACCUCGGCGAACAAGACGGCCGAGAGCAAACUAAAAAAGCACGACGACACGAGCACGGCCAAGCUUACUAACGGCAAGGCAAAAAUCGCGAAAAGACCGAGUAACAGUGUGUCAGCCGGUAAAAAAAUUGACAAUUUGACAUCGGGGAAGUGUCAAAGUAACACUGAUGUUUUACAGUCAAACACAAAAUUGGAAGUGAAUGAGGAGGACUGUCUGAAAAAUGGGUCAGACGUCAAGGGGGAUGAGGACGGCGAGGAGGUAAAUGGUACGCCGUCUAGGAGUAGCUCGAGGGUAAACAAUUUCGCGUCGUACAUCCCCACCAAAGACUACCAGAAGGGGGAUGAGAGCAAAGGGGACGGCCUCAGUUUGAAGGAGAACGCUAAAAAUGACAUGGAUAACAAAGAUAAUUACGCAGGGAAAAUCUUGCAAAACGAUCUGGCCGCAUCCCCGAAACUCAACAGAAACGCCGUCUCCCCCUCCAACUCCAUCCCCAGCAGUCUAAAUUCGUUGUCCCGACGUUCGAGCGACAGAGACAGCCACCGCGCCCGCGAUAUCCUGGACGAUGACAGCGGGGGCGAACGCAACACCAUUCGGCCGUUUAACAGCACCAAAGUAUUGGGCCUCAACGGGCUCAAGAAUAUCGGCAACACUUGUUUCAUGAACAGCGUCAUCCAGUGCCUGUCCAACACGAGGUGGCUGCUGGAGUACCUCAGGAAGGACUCCUAUAUUAGGGACAUCAACACGACCAUAUCGGGCAUGAAGGGCGCUCUGAUCAAGGCGUUCGCCGAGGUAAUAAAGGAGCUGUGGUCGGAAGACUCCUCGGACAGGGUGGUGGUGAACACGGUUUCCCUGAAGAGCCAGAUUCAGCGUUUCGCUCCCCGUUUCAUGGGCUACGCCCAGCAGGACGCCCAGGAAUUCCUACGCUACCUGCUGGAGGGCCUGCACGAGGACGUCAACAGGGUGACGGAGAAGCCGAAGCCCAUCCUCACGGAGAUAGACGAGAAAUUGAGCGAUCACGAGAAGGCGCAGGAGUCCUGGCAGCGGUACCUGAGGAUGGACAACUCGAAGAUCGUCGACCAUUUCGUCGGACAGUUGAAGUCGACGCUUAAAUGCACGUACUGCGGGCACUGUUCCGUCACCUUUGAUCCCUUCUGGGACCUUUCGCUGCCGAUACCCCAGAGGACUGGUCAGUUGAGGCUGUCGCAGUGCCUCGACAGUUUCACCAGGGAGGAAACGUUGGAUGGCGACGAGAAACCGACAUGUUCGAAAUGCAAAGAACGGAGGAAAUGUACAAAGUCUUUCUCAAUCCACAAGUUCCCUAAAAUUCUCGUCAUCCAUCUGAAGAGGUUCUCGCCGACGGAGCGGUUUAGGGGCAAGCUGAACGUCACGGUGGACUUCCCGAUCGAGGGGCUGGACAUGAGCAAUUACGCCGCCGACAACAUCGCCCCCUGCCGGUACAACCUGUACGCCAUCUCCAACCACAGCGGCACGACGUACAGCGGCCACUACACCGCCUACUGCAGGCACCCGUACGCGGGCACGUGGCACGAAUAUAAUGAUUCUCGGGUUAGUCCAAUAUCGCCGAAAUCCCUUGUCAGUGGUGAAGCAUACGUCCUUUUUUAUGAACAGGAAGGCGCGAAAUCCCACCUAUGAGUCUACGGAACGUAGCUUUUUAUAUUAUAAUUGAAAAAAAAAGGAUAUUUAUUUUAAACCAAUUUUUUUUAUUAUCUGAUUUGCAAAAUUUAUUUAUUUUUACAAAUAGACCCUUGUAUUUUUCUUGUAAAUUUUAUGUAUUUACAGUUUAUUUAAUAUAAUCUUAUUGAAUUUUUCAUUGCACGGAAGCGACAGUUUUAGACACGAAUUCAAUAUUUACUAAUGCCAGAUUUAUGUAAUUCGCUUUUUUAUUUAUGUUAUUUUUAAUGUAUUUAUUGUUGAUAGUGUGAUUUUUGUGACAGAGAGAAUACGUACUUAUUUUUGUUUUGUUUUUUUGUUUGUUUUUAUGUCAAAUUUGAUCUAGUCUUUGUUUUUAAGUUACAGUUUUUUAAUUGUGAGGUGGGUCAGACCACACGAGUAGCGGUAAUACCGACUUACCUUGCACACUUAGCAAUCUUGAACAUUAUUUAGGACCUCGUAGAGAUGUGGAUAUAACGUACUUAUUUAUUACCACCUGUUGAUAUUUUAGAUGGAGGAUAUUGUUACUUUUAAAUUUGACCACAAAACAAUGCUCAUUUUUUGAAGGAAAAAGCAUUUUUUUGUACAAAUCUCUGACGUAGACAUUUAUAAUUUCGUCUCCUACCUCGAUGAAAUAACUUGAAGCUUUUUUAGUAUACUAAGUAGAGAAGGUUUAUACAAUUGUUACCAAAUCUAGACAAAUCAAGCACUCGUCAAAAAAAAUGUCUAAAAAACUAAAUCGAACAAAUAUAAUGUAAUAUACUUUAAUAAGCUUUAUAUUAUGAAAAGAAACUUGUUCAAAGCACUAACUUAUAAUAAAUUGUUUGCAAAAA